CUUGGAACUGGGGGUCACGGCGGGAGCGACUGAGUGAUGGGUAAAAUAGACAACCCGGAAAGAAGUGUAUGAGCUGCAUUUAUAAAGAAGAGUAUUUGUGUGCAGUUAUGCGUUCCACUGAAAAUGAUGUGUGUAAUCAUGUGAAAGUUUUUGUCCGUGUCCGGCCUGAAAACGCAAGAGAGCAGAAUGAGAAGCACCACAAAGUUGUACAUGUAGUUGAUAGGCAUAUGUUGGUUUUCGAUCCCAAAGAGGAGGAAAUUAACUAUUCUUAUGGCUGUAAAGUUCGGCACCGUGACUUAAACAAAAGAAAAAACAAGGACCUACAAUUUGUCUUUGAUCGAGUUUUUGGUAAUGAUUCCUCACAGUUGGAUAUAUUUGAAGAAACAAAAUCAAUACUGGAGAGUGUUUUCAAUGGAUACAACUGUACAGUCUUUGCAUAUGGUGCAACAGGAUCUGGAAAAACGCACACAAUGCUAGGAUCAGCAGGACAACCUGGGGUGAUGUAUCGAACUAUGAAGGCAUUAUACAAUCGAAUAGAACAGAUGAAAGAUGAGAAAUGUUGUGAUGUUGCCGUCUCCUAUCUGGAGGUUUACAACGAGGAAGUCCGGGAUCUGUUGACCAAUUCUAGGUCUCUGGCUGUACGGGAGGAUGCUCAAGGUGGAAUCAUUGUCCAGGGAUUAACACUACACAAGCCGACAUCAUCAAAGCAGCUCCUUCAGAUGUUGGAUUAUGGAAAUAAAAAUAGAACUCAACAUCCAACUGAUGUCAACUCCAAUUCUUCACGUUCUCAUGCUGUCUUUCAGAUUUAUUUAAGGCAGCAAGACAGAACAGCAAGCAUCCAUCAAAACAUUAAAAUUGCAAAAAUGUGCCUUGUUGAUUUAGCUGGAUCUGAACGCAUCAGUGCCAUGAACAUGAAAGAAGCUCGCUUCAGGGAGGGGGCAAAUAUUAAUAGAUCUCUCUUGGCUCUAGGAAAUGUCAUCAAUGCCUUAGCAGAUUCCAAGAGGAAAACCCAGCACAUUCCCUACAGAAACAGUAAGCUAACACGCCUGUUGAAGGAUUCCCUGGGUGGAAAUUGCCAGACAAUUAUGAUAGCUGCUGUCAGCCCAUCCUCUUUGUCUUAUGAUGACACAUAUAACACCCUGAAGUAUGCCAAUAGAGCAAAAUACAUCAAAUCUUCAGUAAAGAGUAAUAUUUUGAAUCUGAAUAACCAUGUGGGGAAAUAUGCAAAGAUUUGUGAGGACCAAAGGAAAGAGAUUAUGGAGCUCAAAGAGAAGUUGAAAGCUUAUGACAGUGAAAAGAUGUUGUUUCUUAAUAACCAUGGAAGAAACGUUAAUUAUGGUUCAAAUUCAAAGGAAAAUGAAAUAAUAAGAUUUGAAGGUGUCCUUGAAAAUAUCUUCAGCAAACGACAGAAAAUCAGAGUAACCUGUUUAAAUUUAGAGCUGAGACUGAAAGAGUUGGAACUAAAAAUAUAUUAUUAUAAACGGCACCAGCAAUAUGCCAAACUGUUUUCCUGUGACCAUGCAAUGGAAAAGGCAUCUUGCAAGCAUGAAGGCAGGCUGGCAUCAUUAAUUACACAACACAAUCAUAUUCAACAAAAGCUGAAAAUUACAGAGAAAAUGCUUGAAGAGAACAGUAACUGGUUGCAUCGUGUGGAAAAUGAAAUGUGUUUAUUCGGCCAAGACGGAAAGAUGCCUCAGGUCCUUAAUCAAGAUCUACAGCACAGUCAUUUAAAGAUGGAAGUAAUGGACUUAAGACAACAAAUUCAACAUAUGAAACAGUUACUGUCUCUCCAAACACCAGAGAACAGAAGAACAGAAAAACUUAUAAAGACUUUACUUCCUGCAUUCUGCCAACUGUAUCAAACUUCAAAAGAAGCUGGACUUGCUUCAGCAGCUGCCAUGGGUGCAUUUGUGGAUAUGGAACAAUUAAUUCAUCAGGAGAAAGGGAUUGCAUGGGAAGAUCAGAUUAUGGAAUUACCAGAAACUAUACCUGAUGAGCAGCUAAACAUUUCCUCUAUCAUGAAUUACUCCCAGCUCACCUAUUGCCAGGCUACACCAUGCAGUUCAGAAGGAAGUCCUUCCAGACGUCUACAGGUAACAGCUGAAAAAGUAAAAAAUGGCAGAUCUCCUGAUCAGUUGACGUCGUCAAGAGAAUCUAAGGAAAACCAACCACCAAUGGGAAAAGAAGGCAAAGUAUCUACUCAUAAAUCCUCCAGACGGCAGCUAGAGCCAGCACUGUUAACUUGCAGCGAUCCAGAUAAAUAUGCUACACAAAGCUCCAGCUUUAAUCAGCUAGAUGAUAGCUUCUCCAAAGAAGGCUUUGCAUUUUUAGACAAUACACCAGAGACCUUAACAUCACAGAUUGUGCAGGUUCAGUGUCAGCUGCCUACCUCGAAGCUAGAACUCCAAAAGGCAGAUUGUCAUAGAAAAGAUAAGAGCAAUAAUUUAAGUGGCACAGAAGAUGCUGUUUCUGGAGUGAGUGAGAAUCCAGUAAAUAUUACAUACGAUAUAGAAGAACAUGGCCAAUCUGUCACCCAAUCAAGAACUCGGCACUCAUUUGUGAAUAAAACCAAUUGUAACAAGACAGUCAGUGGUUACAGUGCAUCAUUCAAACCCUCCAAGAAUCAAAGAACUAUCCUGCAAAGGUUGGGUCUCCCAUCAUUGCUAUCUUCAAAUGGAACAAACCACAAGCCUUCUUAUAUGGCUUUAACAUCUGCUGCCAGGAGGAAAAGGAGGUCUGAAAGUUUCAUGGGUAAGGAAGAGGACAAUGUGGAACCUCUUGCAAAAAAGCGUUUACGUCAGGAUUUGCUACCUUAUAUGGGCAAUAAACCUACACGAUUGCUAUUAGCAGGAAGAUCACAGAGCCGUAGAGAGGCCAAAAAGAAACGCUUUUUAAGAGGAGACUCCACUUACAAAGGUCUGUCAAAUAAUAAGGGCAAAUGAAGACCUUUGAAAUCUGCACAGCAUAUCUAAGUAUCUGCAGAUUACAAAAAUGGCAUUCAGUCACUUGAUAAAACAAAACUUGGAUAUUGCUGAAAAGAGACUUGUUGCCUAAGCUUUGCAUCUUACCCUCAAUGGGGGGCCAAAUACAGGAUUGCCAAAUUUCAGAUGAUCACCACAACUUGUACUCCAGGAGAAAAAGGUUGCUGAUUGAACUUCAAAUUGACUGUGAUUAGCUGAACAGUUUCCAGUGAGAAAUAGCAGGAAGCAAAUGUCUCUCCAUGUUUCUGCAUAAUUUAGGAAAUACCCAAGGAAUUUGGCAUUUUUGCCUUCACCCUGAUGAGUAUAAGAAGUAAAACUUCAAUACUAUGCUUCUCAUCUCAGUAAUAGAUUGUCUACCAUGGCUAACCUUUUAAAACCAACAUAGUAAUUAUCUUUUCAGACUGAAUGAUGUGGAAUGGGCCGUAUUCUUGAUCUGUGGAAAACAUGGUGCUGGAAUUCAGCUCCUUUAAAAGCCACCUUAGUUCACUUCAAAACUUGUGAUCAGUCAAGCAACCGUCAUUGAAGUAGUCCUACUCCAUCAUCUGUGUUCAUAGAGAAGAAGUUGUUUUAUGUAAAAUAGUGAUACGUUUCCAACCAAUAAAAGACUUCUAUCAGUCCCUU